AUGUUUGUAGCACCAAUUGUGCAUGCCCACAACCUCCGGGAACGGCGAGCAUCACAAAGGCAGCUGCUUGCAUCCACUGCGGCGCACGUGAGUCGAAAUCGCCUCCCGUUGCGAUGCGGUAUCGUAGUCAACGAGGACGAAACCCUCUUAGGUUGGCGAAACUGCGACCUGGACACGACACAAGAGAAAAUGCCAAGAGAUGGCUCUGCGAAUACUUCAUCGUCCACUGGUGGUGGACCAGCACAAGAAGAUGAGCAGACUCUGACAAAAGCUUCUAACUCUAAGCAGGCGGCAUUGUUGGACAUAUUAGGGCAGGGCGAUUUGGUGCAUCUCAAGAAGGAAGACUUGAAUGAACCUCCAACGACAUUGUUGCAGUCGCUCGUGGAUUACUUCCUAAAACAUCGGAUUUUUGUAGUGCAUCUGCGAUCGAUGACACGCAUUUUGUAUCCUGAAGACGUUCUCAGAGAGUACACAGAGGUUGCAGACCUGCGCGAGAAAAAAAAGCUCAAGAAUGCUUCGGAUCUCCAUGUGAGCAGGAAAGCACGGCGCGCUAGCCUGGUGCCAAAAAAGGCUGACACAGAAGAUGGGAAGAUGAGAAAACAAGGUACGAAGAAAGAGGAGGGGCGCAAAAGUGAGAAGCAAGAUAAAAAGCAAUUGAAGACAGGCGCAAUGGAGGACAUGCCAGUUGUUGCAGAGGCGAAUACUAUCGGCGAAGUUUGGAAGAGGAUGUCACUACCAGCACAGUACGGUGCAAAUGUGCGUCGGCGGCGAAAGAAGAUUUCGAAGGAGAUCGAGAAUCUACGUCGUAAACCAAAGAGUGACUUAUUUCCGGACGAUGUUGAUGAAGAUGUUGGUGUCGAUCGGAGCAAACACCAGGAGGAUACAACGCAUCAAGAUGAACACGAGCAGUUGCCAAUAUCAGCAGAGGAUGAAGAGCCUAAUGAAAGUAGUGAAGAUGAUACUGCUGAUGCUGAGGAACAAGAGAAUUUGUCAGAUUCCGAAAUCGAUGCUCACAACAAGAACCUACGACAAGAUUACGUUCUCUACUUGUGCACUGACAAUGCACAAUCAAGAGGCGUCCAAGAACUAGCACAUUACUUUCGGCGCGAGUACAAUUUUGAGGUGAUAACGAGCGCUGACACGCAGGAGUGGGCUGAAGCGCUGAUUUUGGAAAGGGAAGUAGAGGUCGUUGAUAGCUCUCCCAAAAUGCAAGAAGCCGAAAACAUGAUUCAUCCAGGGAUAGUCGGCAAUUUUGUUUCUGCGUCUGCACCUGCUUUAGUUGCAGGCGCAGGAGGACGUACGACUACGAGCGAAGGUCCGCGUCAUCUUGGUAGCCGACCGGAUAUGCAUCUUUUCCUUGAGCUUUUUCUUGUGAGUCUGUCGGAUGUCCUUCUGGGC